UGCUAUUGAAAAGCCAGAUGCCAUGUUGAUUUCUGAUCGUUGGUAUAUGACCUGUUAUUGUCUGUCUGAAAGUGUUUCAGAUCUUCUCUUCCCUGAUAGUCUGAAAUCCAGUGCUUCCAUGGGUCUCUGUGUAUUCAUCACCCUGGAUACCUUUUUAAUCUAGAGACUUGUAUAUUUCAGUGCUGGAUAUUUUCUUGUGUGUUUUUCUUUUUAAAAUAAUAAUUUCUUUUCCUUUGUUCUCUCUUUUUGAACUCCUUUUGUUUGAGGUUAGACUUUUGUUUGAGAUUGAUCCUCCAAACCUGUUUCCUUUUUGUUUCUUUCUCUUUUUUUCCCCCUUCUCUCUAGUUUAUUUCCCUCAAUUUCAAUCUACAAUGCUUCUACUGGAUGGUAAAUUUCAACUCUUGUAGUUUUAAUUUCCCAGAGCUUUUCUGUGUUUCUCUGUUCAUUUUUCAUGGCAUCCUUGCAAGGAUGCCAAGCUAAGGAGGCCAGGGGUGAAUAAAAGGGGUCCAGGCUCCCAACUGUGCCCUUCUCCUCUCCCCUGGGAGCCACCACUGAGGUUCCUCAUGGUUCCUCCAGUCUGGACUCUGCUGCUGCUGGUGGGGGCUGCCCAUCUCAGGAGAGAGAAGCCUCCGGACAAGAAGCUGGUUGUUCGCAGCUCUGGGAACAACUACGUUCUCACCCAGUGUGAUUUUGAGGAUGACGCCAAACCCCUCUGUGACUGGUCCCAAGUGUCCGCAGAUGAUGGAGACUGGGUUCGAGCCAGCGGGCCCUCUCCCACCGGCACCACCGGGCCUCCCGGGGGGUACCCCAAUGGAGAGGGCAGCUAUCUGCAUAUGGAAUCCAACAACUUCCACCGUGGGGGUGUGGCCCGCCUGCGCAGCCCCAACCUAUGGGAGCAAGGCCCGCUCUGCGUGAACUUCGCCUACCACAUGUUUGGGCUGUCUUGGGGCGCCCAGCUCAGGCUGCUGCUGCUCUCGGGUGAAGAGGGCCGCCGCCCCCACGUGCUCUGGAAACACCGGAACACCCAGAGACCCUCCUGGAUGCCCACCACUGUCACUGUGCCCGCAGGGUUCACCCUGCCCACCCGACUGAUGUUUGAGGGAACACGGGGUAGCACUGCCUACCUGGACAUUGCCCUGGAUGCCCUCUCUAUUCGCCGGGGCUCCUGCAAUCGCGUCUGUAUGAUGCAAACAUGCAGCUUUGACAUUCCAAAUGACCUCUGUGACUGGACCUGGAUCCCAACUGCCUCCGGGGCCAAGUGGACUCAGAAGAAAGGGUCGUCGGGAAAGCCAGGCGUGGGGCCUGAUGGCGACUUCUCUAGCCCUGGUAGUGGCCACUACAUGCUCCUGGACCCCAAGAAUGCAAGACCCGGGCAAAAAGCCGUCCUUCUGAGUCCCGUGAGCCCGUCCUCCGGCUGUCUGAGCUUUUCCUUCCACUACGUCCUCCGGGGCCAGUCUCCUGGUGCAGCCCUCCACGUUUAUGCUUCCGUCUUGGGGAGCAUCCGGAAACACACUCUCUUCUCAGGACAACCUGGGCCCAACUGGCAGGCUGUUUCUGUCAAUUACACAGCCGUGGGACGGAUACAGUUCACCGUGGUGGGCGUUUUUGGAAAGACCCCAGAGCCAGCUGUGGCAGUCGAUGCAACCAGCAUUGCUCCUUGUGGGGAGGGCUUUCCUCAGUGUGACUUUGAAGACAACGCCCAUCCCUUCUGUGACUGGGUCCAGACUUCCGGGGAUGGUGGACACUGGGCUGUCGGACAUAAAAAUGGACCCGUCCACGGCAUGGGUCCCGUGGGAGGUUUCCCUAAUGCAGGGAGUCACUAUAUCUACCUUGAGGCUGACAAGUUCUCCCAGGCAGGGCAGUCGGCCAGACUGGUGAGCCGGCCCUUCUGCGCCCCGGGUGACAUCUGCGUGGAGUUCGCGUACCACAUGUAUGGCCUUGGGGAGGGUACUAUGCUCGAACUCCUCCUGGGAAGUCCUGCGGGGAGCCCUCUGAUUCCUCUCUGGAAACGCCUGGGGUCUCAGCGCCCUUACUGGCAGAACGCCUCCGUCACCAUCCCCUCAGGACACCAACAGCCCAUGCAGCUGAAUUUCAAGGCCAUCCGGGGCAGCAACAUGGCCUUUGUGGUUGCUAUGGGUUUCAUCUUGAUCAAUCCUGGGACUUGUCCAGUAAAAAUGCUACCAGAGCUUCCUCCCAUAUCUCCAGUUUCUUCCACUGGCCCUUCUGAAACCACCGGCCUCACAGAAAACCCUACAGUUUCCAUAGAAAAACCCACCGUCACCACAGAAAAGCCCACAGUCCCCAAAGAAAAGCCCACCAUUCCUGCAGAAAAACCCACCAUCCCUACCGAAGAGCCCUCUUUCGCCACAGAAAAACCCACCAUCCUCACAGAAGAGCCCACCAUUCCCACAGAAAAACCCACCACUCCCUCAGAAAAACCCACCAUCCCUACCGAAGAGCCCUCUUUCCCCACAGAAAAACCCACCAUCCCCACAGAAGAGCCCACCAUUCCCACAGAAAAGCCCACCAUUUCCACAGAAGAGCCCACCAUUCCCACAGAAAAGCCCACCAUUUCCACAGAAAAGCCCACCGUCCCCGCAGAAGAGCCCACUACCACCACUGAGGAGACCACCAUCUCCACAGAAGAGGCUGCCAUCCCCACAGAAAAACCCACUGUCCCCAUGGAAAAACCCACUAUCCCCACUGAAGAAACCACCACCUCCAUUGAAGAGACUACCAUCUCCGUAGAAAAACCCACCAUCCCCACAGAAAAACCCACUAUCCCCACGGAAAAACCCACCAUCCCCACGGAAAAACCCACCAUCUCCAUUGAAGAGACUACCAUCUCCACAGAAAAACCCACCAUCUCCACAGAAAAACCCACCAUCCCCACGGAAAAAUCCACCAUUCCCACAGAAAAAGCCACCAUCCCCACGGAAAAACCCACCAUCUCCACAGAAAAACCCACCAUCCCCACAGAAAAACCCACCAUCCCCAUUGAAGAGACUAUCAUCUCCACAGAAAAACCCACCAUCCCCACAGAAAAACCCAUCCCCACAGAAAAAUCCACCAUCUCCACAGAAAAACCCACCAUCCCCAUUGAAGAGACUAUCAUCUCCACAGAAAAACCCACCAUCCCCAUUGAAGAGACUAUCAUCUCCACAGAAAAACCCACCAUCCCCACAGAAAAACCCACCAUCUCCACAGAAAAACCCACCAUUCCCAUUGAAGAGACUAUCAUCUCCACAGAAAAACCCACCAUCCCCACAGAAAAACCCACCAUCCCCACAGAAAAACCCACCAUUCCCACGGAAAAGCCCACCAUCCCCACGGAGAAACCCACCAUCCCCACGGAAAAAACCACCAUCUCCCCAGAAAAACCCACCAUCCCCACGGAAAAACCUACCAUCCCCACAGAGAAGCUCACAGCCCUGAGGCCACCCCAUCCCAGUCCCACAGCCACUGGGGUGGCAGCCUUGGUGAUGUCUCCACAUGCUCCAAGUGCCGCUAUGACCAGUGUGAUCCUGAGCACUAACACAACCCCCAGACCCAAUACAGAGCGCUGCCCCCCAAAUGCACACUACGAAUCCUGUGCUUGUCCUGCUUCGUGCAAGAGUCCCAGGCCUAGCUGUGGGCCACUCUGUCGGGGGGGCUGUGUCUGCAACCUUGGCUUUUUGUUUAGUGACAACCACUGCAUCCAGGCCUCUUCCUGCAAUUGCUUCUACAACAACAACUACUAUGAGCCUGGGGCAGAGUGGUUCAGCCCCAACUGCACAGAACGUUGCCGCUGUUGGCCAGGGAGUCGGGUCGAGUGCCAAAUCUCUCAGUGCGGGACACACACUGUAUGCCAGCUUAAGAAUGGCCAGUACGGAUGCCACCCCUAUGCAGGCACUACCACCUGCUUGGUCUACGGAGAUCCUCACUAUGUCACCUUUGACGGGAGGCACUUUGGCUUCAUGGGCAAGUGCUCUUACAUCUUGGCCCAACCCUGUGGCAACUCAACAGACCCAUUCUUCAGGGUGACAGCCAAGAAUGAGGAGCAGGGACAGGAAGGUGUGUCCUGCCUAAGCAAAGUCUACGUGACCCUUCCCGAGACCACCGUCACCCUGCUUAAGGGCAGACGUACUCUGGUUGAGGGUCAGCGAGUUACUCUCCCAGCCAUACCCUCUAAAGGCGUCUUCCUGGGUGCAAGCGGGCGAUUUGUGGAGUUGCAGACGGAGUUCGGUUUGCGGGUGAGAUGGGAUGGUGACCAGCAGCUGUAUGUGACUGUGUCCAGCACCUACUCUGGCAAACUCUGUGGUUUGUGUGGAAACUAUGACGGCAACAGUGACAAUGACCAUCUGAAGUCGGACGGCAGUCCAGCAGGAGACAAGGAGGAGCUGGGGAACAGCUGGCAGACGGACCAGGACGAGGACCAGGAGUGUCAGAAGCACCAGGUGGUGAAUCCCCCGUCUUGUGAUUCAUCUCUGCAGAGCAACAUGUCGGGGCCAGGAUUCUGUGGACGGCUGGUCGACACCCGUGGCCCGUUUGAGACAUGCCUGCUGCAUGUGAAGGCCACUUCCUUCUUCGACAGCUGCAUGCUUGAUAUGUGCAGAUUCCAGGGACUGCAGCACCUGCUGUGCACACACAUGUCCACCAUGACCACCACCUGCCAGGACGCAGGCCAUGCUGUGAAGCCCUGGAGGGAACCCCAGUUCUGCCCAAUGGCUUGCCCGCCCAAUAGCAAGUACUCCCUGUGUGCCAAGCCAUGCCCUGACACCUGCCAUUCAGGAUUCACCGGCAUGUUCUGCUCAGACCGGUGCGUGGAGGCCUGUGAAUGCAAUCCAGGCUUCGUCCUCAGUGGCCUCGAGUGCGUACCUCGCUCCCAAUGUGGGUGCCUCCACCCUGCAGGCAGCUACUUCAAGGUAGGGGAGCGGUGGUACAAGCCGGGCUGCAAAGAGCUGUGCGUCUGUGAAAGCAACAAUAGAAUUCGCUGCCAGCCCUGGAGGUGUAGGGCCCAGGAGUUCUGUGGCCUUCAGGAUGGUAUCUAUGGCUGCCAUGCCCAAGGUGCCGCCACCUGCACGGCCUCGGGCGAUCCCCACUACCUGACCUUCGAUGGCGCCUUGCACCACUUCAUGGGCACCUGCACCUAUGUCCUGACCCGGCCUUGCUGGUCCAGGUCCCAAGACAGCUAUUUUGUUGUGAGCGCCACCAAUGAGAACCGCGGGGGGAACCUGGAGGUCUCCUACAUCAAAGCUGUCCACGUGACGGUCUUUGACCUCAGCAUCUCACUGCUCAGAGGCUGUAAGGUCAUGCUGAAUGGCCAUCGGGUGGCCCUACCUGUGUGGCCUGCACAAGGCCGGGUGACCAUAAGGCUCAGCAGCAACUUUGUCCUCCUCUACACGAACUUUGGGCUCCAAGUUCGCUACGACGGGAGCCACUUGGUGGAAGUGACAGUCCCCUCCUCCUAUGGCGGCCAGCUCUGCGGGCUGUGCGGGAACUACAACAACAACAGCUUGGACGACAACCAGCGCCCCGACAGAAAGCCUGCGGGCGAUUCCGUGCAGCUGGGGGCAGCCUGGAAGUUACCUGAAUCCUCUGAACCUGGCUGUUUCCUUGUGGGUGGCAAGCCCUCCAGCUGCCAGGAGAACAGCAUGGCAGACGCCUGGAACAAGAACUGUGCGAUCUUAAUAAACCCUCAGGGACCCUUCUCUCAAUGUCACCAGGUGGUGCCUCCCCAGUCCAGCUUUGCCAGUUGCGUGCAUGGCCAGUGUGGGACCAAGGGCGACACCACGGCCCUGUGCCGCUCCCUGCAGGCUUACGCGUCCCUGUGUGCCAGAGCUGGCCAGGCUCCUGCCUGGCGGAACAGAACUUUCUGCCCUAUGAGGUGCCCACCUGGCAGCAGCUAUAGCCCCUGUGGCAGCCCCUGCCCAGCCACCUGCAGCAGCCUAAACGACCCAAGGGACUGCCCCAAAGCACUGCCCUGUGCUGAGAGCUGCGAAUGUCAGAAAGGCUACAUCUUGAGUGGAACCUCCUGCGUGCCCCUUGGCCAGUGUGGCUGCACCGAGCCAGCGGGCUCCUACCAUCUGGUCGGGGAGCGCUGGUACACAGAGGACACCUGCACCAGGCUCUGCACCUGCUCCAUCCACAACAACAUCACCUGCUUCCAAAGCACCUGUAAACCCAACCAGAUGUGCUGGGCCCUGGAUGGGCUACUCCGUUGUCGGGCCUCAGGUAUGGGAGUGUGUCAGCUCCCAGGGGAGUCCCACUACGUGAGCUUUGAUGGUAGCAACCAUUCCAUCCGGGACACCUGCACUCACGUCCUGGUGAAAGUAUGCCACCCCGCCAUGGCCUUGCCGUUCUUCAAGAUCAGUGCCAAGCAUGAGAAGGAGGAAGGUGGAACUAAGGCUUUCCGCCUUCACGAGGUCUACAUUAACAUCUACGACGCCCAGGUCACCCUGCAGAAGGGCCACCGUGUGCUGAUCAACAGCAAAAAGGUCACCCUCCCCGCAAUCUCCCAGAUCCCCGGGGUCAGCGUCAAGUCCAGCAGCAUCUACACCAUUGUUAACAUCAAGAUCGGGGUGCAAGUCAAGUUUGACGGGAAUCAUCUCUUAGAGAUUGAACUCCCCACAACCUACUAUGGAAAGGUCUGCGGCGUGUGCGGGAACUUCAAUGAUGAGGAAGAGGAUGAACUAAUGAUGCCCAGCGACGAACUAGCGCAUAGUGAUAGUGAAUUUGUGAACAGUUGGAAAGAUAAGGACAUUGACCCAAGUUGUCAGAGUCUCCCGGUAGAUGAGCAGCAGAUUCCAGCGGAACAGCAGGAGAACCCGAGUGGAAACUGCAGGGCGGCCGACCUCCGCAGGGCGCGGGAAAAGUGCGAGGCAGCGCUCCGGGCUCCCGUAUGGGCCCAGUGUGCCUCCCGCAUAGACCUCACGCCCUUCCUGGUAGGCUGUACGAACACCCUCUGUGAGUUUGGAGGUCUCCACCAGGCCCUCUGCCAGGCUCUGCAAGCCUUCGGGGCCACCUGCCAGAGCGAGGGCCUCAAGCCCCCACUCUGGAGAAACAGCAGCUUCUGCCCUCUGGAAUGCCCUGCCUACAGCAGCUACACCAACUGCCUUCCCUCCUGCUCACCCUCCUGCUGGGACCUGGAUGGCCGGUGUGAGGGCGCCAAAGUCCCCUCUGCCUGUGCUGAGGGCUGCAUUUGUCAGCCCGGCUAUGUGCUGAGUGAGGACAAGUGUGUCCCCAGAAGUCAGUGCGGCUGCAAGGAUGCCCAUGGUGGCUCCAUCCCUCUGGGCAAGAGCUGGGUCUCCCGUGGUUGCACGGAGAAGUGUGUCUGCACAGGAGGAGCCAUUCAGUGCGGGGACUUCCGAUGCCCUUCUGGGUCCCAUUGCCAGCUCAGUUCCGACAACAGCAACAGCAAUUGUGUCUCGGACAAGUCUGAACAAUGCUCAGUCUACGGGGACCCCCAUUACCUCACAUUUGACGGCUUCAGCUACCGCUUCCGGGGCCGCAUGACCUACGUUCUGAUCAAGACUGUGGAUGUACUGCCUGAGGGGGUGGAGCCCCUCCUUGUGGAGGGACGCAACAAGAUGGAUCCGCCCAGGAGCUCCACCUUCUUGCAAGAAGUGAUUACCACUGUCUAUGGCUAUAAAGUGCAGCUCCAAGCUGGUCUGGAGCUUGUGGUCAACAACCAGAAGAUGGCCGUCCCCUACAGGCCGAAUGAGCACCUGCGGGUCACCCUGCGGGGCCAACGGCUCUACCUGGUCACCGACUUUGAGCUGGUCAUCAGUUUCGGUGGAAGGAAAAAUGCAGUGAUCUCCCUACCCAGCAUGUACGAGGGGCUCGUGCGUGGCCUGUGUGGAAACUACGACAAUAACCGCAAGAAUGACAUGAUGCUGCCCAGUGGCGCCCUGACCCGGAACCUCAACACCUUUGGCGACAGCUGGGAGGUGAAGACCGAGGACGUCCUCCUCCGCUUCCCCAGGGCUAUACCAGUGGAGGAAAGACGAGGGGUGGAACUGGGCCUCCGCGUGUCCGAAUGUAGCCCGGAGCAGUUGGCGAGCAACAGCACCCAGGCCUGUAGGGUGCUGGCAGACCCCCAGGGCCCAUUUGCUGCCUGUCACCAGACAGUGGCCGCAGAGCCCUUCCAGGAGCACUGCGUGCUGGAUCUGUGCUCCACUCAGGACCCAAGAGAACAAGAGGAGCUGCGCUGCCAGGUCCUCAGUGGGUACGCCAUCCUCUGCCAGGAGGCGGGCGCUGUCCUGGCUGGCUGGCGGGACCGCACCCUCUGCGCCAUGGAGUGUCCAGCAGGUACUAUGUAUCAGAGCUGUAUGACACCCUGCCCAGCGUCCUGUGCCAACCUGGCGGACCCCGGGGACUGCGAAGGCCCCUGUGUGGAAGGCUGUGCCAGCAUCCCAGGCUAUGCCUACAGCGGCACCCAGAGCCUCCCGCUGGCUGACUGUGGCUGCACCAGCAAUGGCAUCUACUACCAGCUGGGCAGCAGCUUUGUGACUGAGGACUGCUCUCAGCGCUGCACCUGUGCCAGCUCACGGAUCCUGCUGUGCGAGCCAUUCAGCUGCAGAGAGGGGGAGGUCUGCACCCUGGGGAACCACACCCGAGGCUGCUUUCCAGAAAGCCCGUGUCUGCGGAACCCCUGUCAGAAUGACGGGCAGUGUCAGGAGCAGGGAGCCACCUUCACCUGUGACUGUGAAGUUGGUUAUGGGGGAGACCUCUGUACGGAGCCUCGAGAUGUGCCACCUCCCAGAAAGCCAGCAUCUAACCCGGUGGCCGUCCUACUGGGACUGCUGGUGCCUGUGGUGGUCGUAGUACUGGCCGUGACCAGAGAGUGCAUUUAUAGAAUGAGGAGGAAGAGAGAGAAAAUGCAGAGCCAGGAGCGAGACAGACUGGCCAGGCUGGUGGACACAGAUAUUGUUCUGGACUGUGCCAGUUAAGUUGCUCAGUUUUGAGUUGUCUUCAAACAAGAAGAUUAAAUAAAUAUACGUAUUUAUUUAUUUGAGA